UCUAUAUCGUCGCAGUUUCCUACCAAAAUGACGGAACCGGAAUUACAACUAUGUUGACCUAACGUUAUCUGACCAGUUUCCUUUCUCGCACGGCAACAACUGGAAAAGUUUUGAACUGUUGUGUGAACACGUACAAUAAGUUUGCUAAGCGGCAUAUAACAUUAUCUUAUUUUGUUCCGCAUAUUAGAGAAGACCAAUGUGGAUGUGUUGAUGGAUUCGAGAUACGAUAUCCAACGGAGAGGCGGUGGUGGGAGCAUGAAUAGCGGUAGCUCAGCAAAAGGGUCCCCCGCUCUGACAGGAGGUCAGUCGCGCCGGAGGAAGAUACCGCCCAGGCCGGCCGAUUACAAACUGCAGAUUAUUAUAAUCGGCUCCCGUGGAGUGGGAAAAACAAGUCUGAUGGAGAGAUUCACGGAUGAUACGUUCUGCGAAGCGUGCAAAUCCACCGUUGGAGUUGAUUUUAAAAUCAAAACUGUAGAUUUGAGAGGGAAGAAGAUCAGAUUGCAGAUUUGGGACACAGCAGGACAGGAGAGGUUUAACAGCAUCACUUCGGCCUACUACCGCGGGGCCAAGGGCAUCGUGCUGGUGUAUGACAUCACCAAGGAGGAGACCUUCGACGACUUGCCAAAAUGGAUGAAAAUGAUUGACAAGUAUGCCUCAGAGGACGCUGAGCUGUUGCUCGUUGGAAAUAAGCUGGACUGUGAGACUGACAGAAUAAUAACUCGACAGCAAGGCGAAAGAUUUUCUUCAAGGAUAUCUGGGAUGCGGUUUUGUGAGGCCAGUGCCAAGGAUAACUUUAACGUGGAUGAGAUAUUCUUGAAACUGGUGGAUGACAUUCUGAGUAAGAUGCCCCUGGAGGUGCCCAGCAAGGCGUUGUCCAACAGCAUCCUUUCUCUGCAGCCGGAGCCCGAAGUGCCCCCAGAGCUCCCUCCCCCGCGAUUGCGCUGUUGUUAGUGCCCCCCCC